AUGGACCAUGUUGUCGAGAACCGCAAGAACUUGUACGCUGUUGACGUGCUGACUGCCAUGAAGUGGUCAUUGGACGCCUGGGAAAAUGUCACGUUGACGUUGCGAUGGGCCGUGGAGGUGACCAGUCUGCAGGCGGACAGGGUGGUCGCGAUGAUGGAGGUCACGAAGGUGAGUAUUGCCGACGUGGUGGUGGCUAGGGACAUGAACCGGACCAUCGUGGUUCGCUUUGCGGCAGCUCGGGAGCUUCGGGUGGAAGCCCUGCAGGCAACAAGGGCCGAUGAUUUCGGUCCGCUGGUUUCCGACGUAACCCCUUGUCUUGAGAUCAAGUCGUCCUCCUCUUCCGUCCCCCUUUGUUCAUCAACAGGCUCAGGUGGUCGCGCACCUUUCGUGGUACUGCUGCCGGACCAACCGGGCGGCAACAGCGAGAUGGACGACCAGUUGCUCGCGCCAGACGACUGCACCGCGACCACCGUCGUCUAG